AAAAAAAGUGUUCCUUUUAAUUUUUUGAAAUAAAAAAGAGAGAUGGUGUUCUACUUCAAAGCCAGACCAGAGGCAGGAGAUUACACUAUUUUUAUGGGUCUCGACAAGUACGAGAACGAGGAGCUUAUCAAAUAUGGUUUCCCUGAAGACAUCUGGUUUCACGUGGACAAAAUGUCUUCUGCCCAUGUGUAUGUAAGGCUGCAUAAAGGUCAGACCAUUGAUGAUAUAAGUGAAGGUGUGCUUGAGGAUUGUGUGCAGCUUGUUAAAGCAAAUUCGAUUCAAGGCAACAAGGUGAACAACAUUGAUGUUGUUUACACUCCUUGGGCCAAUUUGAAGAAAACUGCUUCCAUGGAUGUUGGUCAAGUUGGCUUCCACAAUUCAAAGAUGGUUCGAACUGUGAGAGUGGAGAAGCGGCUAAAUGAGGUAGUUAAUAGAUUGAACAAAACAAAGGUAGAAAGAAAACCUGAUUUGAAAGCUGAGAGAGAAACAGUCAAUGCAGCAGAAAGAGCAGAGAGAAAGCUUCUUCUGAGAGAUAAAAAACGACGAGAGGAAAUGGAAAGGCUUGAAAAGGAGAGACAGACAGAGAUAAGGAGCUACAAGGGUUUGAUGGUGGCUGAAAAAAUGACAUCCAAUAAACAAAUAGCAUCUGAAAACAAGUCCUUGCAGGAGCUGGAAGACGACUUUAUGUAAAGCAAUGGUAUUCAGGGGUUCUGCUGAACCUGCUGCUCCUUGAAGAUGCGGGUUUGUUAUUCAAUUUGUGACUUCAAGCAUUAUAUGAAUAAACUUAGAAAAUUUCGAAAGGUACAUGUAAUGCCAGGCGAAGGGGGAGGAGAUCAUUGGGUUGGGGAGUUACUUGUCUGCUGUAAGUUAUACUCUGGUGACAGUGACAAUGACAAACAUGGUCAAAAUUGAAUUGUGAUUAAUGUGUGAUAGACAUCGUUUAUCAUAGACGAUAGUUUAUCAAUCUUGCUAUUUAGUUUCUGCAACAAGGUUUAUUGAAGCUUGUUUGGUCACGCACAUUUGCAAUUGCUAAUAUGAAAAUUUGGUUUUAGUCCU